ACAUGAACUACAUUGAUAUAGAUGGCUGACGGGCACACAGAUGUCAGUAACAACAGAGAAGAUGUUUAUGUUUUUAUGUGUUUUUUAUUUAUCAUGGACGUCUGUUCGGGCCGAGAUUCAUUCUGCAGUUCUCGAUAAACAAACUGGCCAGCUGUCCUUGGAGGAGGGGUUCCGAGACGACUUUGUAGCCUGGGCGAACUUUACCGACGACAUCAAGAACUCGGGCUGGACAUAUCUGGAAGUGACCACUAGCGGACACUAUAAUGAUAGCAUCCAGGCGUAUGCUGCCGGGGCCGUUGAGGCUGCAGUUACCUCCCAGCUGAUCUAUAAGCACUGGAUGAACACUCUUAUGGGGUACUGCGGUCCGUUUACCUUCGAGUCGGGAUUCUGCCAGAGACUGAAGGAUUACAUCACUUCCAACCUGCAGUGGGUCAGACAGCAGAUAGAGGAGCAUCCACACUGUCCCUACUGGCACCAGGUGCGGUUGGCGUUGCUGCAGCUGAAAGGUCUGGAGGACGGCUACAAUGAUAUGCUGUCAUUUCCCAGAGGCCCUUUCACUCUCAACCCCUUCGGCUUCCUACUUUUCCAGAUGGGAGGAGACCUAGAGGAUCUUGAGGGGGCCCUAAACAAAUCCAGCCAUUCACGGACUCUGGGCUCCGGCUCCUGCUCCGCCCUCAUCAAGCUGUUGCCUGGCAACAAGGAUCUACUGGUGUCUCAUGAUACCUGGAACAUCUACCAGGCCAUGCUGCGCAUCCUAAAGAAGUACCAGUUUGCCUACCGUGUCUCUCCUACAGACAGUGAUAUGAUCCCUGGUGGAACCCAGGCGUUCUCUUCCUACCCAGGCUCCAUCUUCUCUGGAGAUGACUUCUACAUCCUUAGCACUGGGCUGGUUACUCUGGAGACCACCAUCGGCAACAGUAACCCCGCCCUCUGGAAGUUUGUUCAACCAACCGGAGCAGUGAUGGAGUGGCUGAGGAACAUCGUAGCCAAUCGGCUGGCUACAACUGGCAAGGCGUGGGCAGAGAUUUUCAGCAAACAUAACAGCGGAACGUAUAAUAACCAGUGGAUGAUAGUGGACUACAGGCAUUUCACUCCAGGGAUGACAGAGACUAAGGAGCAGCUGUUUACUGUACUGGAGCAGAUCCCUGGGCUAGUUGUUCACUCUGAUAAAACCCAGGAAUUGCUGCAGAAAGGCUACUGGUCUAGUUACAACAUCCCGUACUAUGAGGAGGUGUUUAAUGCCAGCGGCUGUAGAGAACUGGUAGAGCAGUUUGGUCCAUGGUUUUCUCUGGACAUGAAUCCUCGAGCCCAGAUCUUCAGAAGGAACCAAUCACACGUCACAGACAUGGACUCCAUGGUCCGCCUCAUGAGGUAUAAUAACUUUAAGGAGGACCCAUUGUCACGGUGUGAGGGCUGCGACCCGCCUGCUAACGGGGAGAACACCAUCUCGGCCCGCUCCGACCUGAACCAGGCUAACGGGACAUAUCCCUUUGGAGCGCUGAAGCAGAGACCACAUGGUGGAACGGAUAUGAAGGUGACGUCUUAUGGGCUGUGGCGUGAGUUUGGAUUCUUGGCAGCGAGUGGACCCACGUGGGACCAGGUACCUGCUUUCCAGUGGAGUUCCUCUCCCUACUCAGACCUGAUGCACAUGGGACACCCCGACACCUGGGCUUUCACACCUAUACAUGUCACCUGGUCUACCUAACCCGUAACCUUUAAAUUAACCCUACACGCACACAUCCAUCAGUGUAAGAAAAUAAACUGAGGGGUGCUGGAUUUCAUUUGAAAAGGGGAAAUGAUUACAAAUGUAAUGCAAAUGGAUAUACACUAUAACAGUAAGCUCAGGGUUAGCAUGUGUAUACUGUUUACUGCACUGCUGUUUGAGAUAAGGGAAUGUGUUUUAACAGUUUAAAAAACAAAAUCAUGUUUUGCUCAUACUGGCUGUCUCAUAUUGAAUGUAAUGUGAGAUGGUAUAACUCUGUUUGAAAUGAGACUUCCACUAUUGACAAUAUUGAGGUAGGAAAUUGUACCUCUUAGACGCA